AUGCAUGAAAUUGGUGCCAGAUCUUUGCAUGCUUUCAUCAAUAGAAUUAAUGUGGCGAUCGACUGCAUUUUCGGCGACGAAUGUCCAAGACUAGCGGAUGUUUAUUUGCUUGAUGAAUCUUAUUUGUUAGGACGGAACAGCGCUUUACGAGGCAACCGCAUCUAUCUUCAUUGCUCAAAUCAAUGGAAUGGAAUUAUCGAUAGGGCAGGUGUUGACAGUGAGUGUUCGUCAAAAACGGAACUCUAUGCGACUCAUACGAAUGGUCUCAUUCCUCUCAAUGUUUACAUGACAGUAUUUAGCGUGACUGCUACACUAGCAUCUAUCGGCGCUGCCUCAAUACCUAGUGCAGGAUUAGUGACAAUGAUGAUUGUGCUGACUGCGCUUGGCUUACCCGUAAAUGAUAUAUCGCUCAUCAUAGCCAUAGAUUGGUUCCUGUAA